AUGGCUGGUGCUGUAUCUGAAAAUCAGGCUUACUUUGGUAAGAUCGCCAGUGAGUACGACCAACGCAAUGCGGAUGCGAUCGUGCAAUUGGAGCGUUAUAUCAAUGAACGGAUUCCUUUCAUUGGCAUCAAACAAGGUGAAGGUGUCAGGUUGUUAGACUACGCAUGCGGUACUGGCAUGCUUUCACGGGUGUUAGCGCAACAUACGAGCGAGGCCAUCGGCAUUGACCUUACUCAGGAUAUGGUUGACGUGUAUAACGCACAAGCUCAAGACCAGGGUACCCCUAGGCAAGCCUAUCAAGGCAACCUGGCUGAUCCUGCAGAUGCCUCUCCUACGGCCUUUGCGGAUGCCAAGUUCUUUGAUUUUGAUGUUGCCGGCGUGGGACUCGGAUUCCACCAUUUUGACAAGCCUGACCUGGCGUCUAAGAGACUGGCUGAACGUGUCAAGACCGGCGGUGUACUCUUUAUCAUUGAUUUUGUCGCUCACAAGAUAGACCCUGAGGAUGCUGCCCACCGUGGUAUCACACACCAUGGAUUUGUGGAAGAUGAGAUUAAGCAGAUGUUCGAGAACGCUGGGCUUACCGACUUUGGCUACCAAGAACUUCCGGAACCUAUUACGUUCAAGGAUCCAAGAGGAGAGACGCAGCAUAGACACCACCAGGGUCAUAGUCACAACCAUGCAGAUAGCCAUGAUCAUGACAAGCACAGCCAUAAUCAUGGCCACGGCCACGGAGAGAAUAAGAGGUUGUCCAUGACCAAGAGAGUCUUUAUCGCCCGGGGAACAAAGCUCUGA